AUGUAUCCUGUGGUGGCUACUAGUAAGGCUGAUGACCGGAAGCUGUCUGCCAUUCCACUGUUGCCAACAAACACACUGCUUUUUCGAAAGAGAGCCGUGUAUAUAGUCUCAGGUGGUCUUUCAGGUCUGGGAUUUGAAACUGUCAAGUUCAUUUCUCAAAGAGGCGGUGAGUACAUAGUAAUACUCUCAAGGAGCAAACCAAAACCUGAUGUACAGCAAGAGAUACUCAACGUGGAGAAACGGUGUGGCAACAGCAUCACCAGCAUGGAGUGUGACAUAUCUGUUUCUGAGCAUGUGCACAAGGUUAUUUCUGCCAUCAACCUUAAGUUUCCCGGUUGUCCGAUUAGGGGGGUGUUUCACAGUGCAGUUGUCUUGCGUGAUGGGCUGAUUGAAACUCUUGACAGAUCUCUGUACGAGGAGGUUUUUAGACCCAAAGUCAAUGGUGUCCUGAAUCUGCAUCAUGCAACGCAGAAGUGCGAGUUGGACUAUUUUGUGUGCUACUCCUCCAUCUCUGCUUUUCUGGGAAAUGCAUCCCAAACAAACUAUGCAGCAGCCAACUUUUUAGACCUGUUUUGUCAGUACAGGCGCAAGCUUGGGCUGCCUGGACAGUCUAUCAACUGGGGUGCCAUGAACCUUGGCUUGCUUUUGAACAAAACAUUUCCAGCGAUUUCUGGAGGCAAAGGCAUAAUGGUUUUAGGUGUGGCUGAGGUUCAUACAAGCUUGGAGCAAUGUCUUGUGCUCAACCGACCCCAACAAGCUGUGUGCAGGUUUCAUUUCAGGAACAUCCAAAACAUCCUCUCUCAAAAUAGAGCCCUGAAAAUGCGUCUGUCAGCAUUAGUUGAGGAGGUUUUCCAAAAAUCGGAAGAGAUGGAGUGGGAAGAUAAAAAAACUGAUGUCUCACCAAAACUCUAUGUGAUCUCUCUGCUAAGUGAGACCAUAGGCCUGGAGCAGGGUGAGCUGGGAGAUGACACAAAUCUGUCCUCCUUGGGCAUUGACUCCAUGCAGGCCAUGACUCUGCAAAAUCUGAUCUUUCAGGAGAGAGGUGUGAAUGUGCCUUUGGUGAAACUGUUGGAUCCUGAUGCCACAAUAUCAACAGUGAUCACCAUACUGAGUGAAGCAGCUCAGGGUGUGCAUGACAGUGAAAUGGAAGUUUCCUCCAGCUGA